CCGAAAUUACAUUGUCCACAACGUUUUGAAGAAUAUGAAGUCGAUGGCGUUCUCCGCAGGAUCCUGCCGCCGCGUGGUUGCGAUGGCAGUGCCUACUUCUGCUUCCCGAUCUUUCUCCAAGUUGGUGCGACCGGUGAACUCGGCCGUGCUCCAGCAACUGGAGAUGUUCCCAGAGUUCAAGGAGUGUGAAGACGCCUGCCACAAGCAUCAGUAUGCUCGCGCUGUGCCACCGUUAACGCGAAUGCUGCAAGUAUGCGACUCCAUUUCGCCUGCAUUGGCGAUCGAAGCGGCUUGGGAGUUGGGCAAGGUCCAUGCUCGUCUUGGCCAUGUCGACGAGGCGGUCCGCCAUUUCAAGCGAGACUCGGUGCAUGGGACCGAGCAGUCGAUUCGGGUGCUGCUGGCCCACGGAGCUGGCGCCGCGGCACUCGCACUGGCAAGCUCGUUGCCUUCCCCGUCGAAAGAAAUAUACACUGCCGUGGCGCAGUACGUGUCGGAUGGGUCGGUGACAUUGCCAGCCACCGCCGCAGACACGAUCAUUGGCUCCUCUGGUGUAGCUGACGCCGUGUACAAAGCCAACUAUGCCGCGCUCGCUGCAGCCAGCGACUUGGUUAUCAAAGCGGACACGGCUGGCCUACCUGAGAGUAGUCAAACCAAGAACCUUGACCAAGCUGUGACACUGUGGAACGAACUCGUGGAUGCCUUUUCAACGCAAGACGAGGACGCUAAUACGACGACACCAGCAGAUUUGUCAUUUCAAGCCACUGUCUUGGCCAACUUGGGCGAAGUCUACCUCGCCCAAGGUCGCAACGAGGACGCAAUGAACAUCCUUGGCCUGGCUCUGAAACGCAACGAAGCUGUGCCGUCGGAACCUCUCGAGUUGGCGCGGACGUUGGGGCUCCUUGCUGUAAGCGCAGCGUGCCACGUAAUAAGGUCGUGAGUGACGAUCUUGGUGGUGGUGUAGGUGGGGUACCAUCGACUCGGUCAAGCCGUGUCGAGCGAAGGGUUGUUCACGAGCAGUCUGGACAAAUACGAAGCCGCUGCCCCACUGAACCGUGCCCAUUGUGUCGCCUAUGCCAAGACCUUGGUCGGGUAUGGGCACUUGUUGCAGCAGUGGGAAAAGCGCGAAGCGGAUGGCGCGGCUAAAUUGGCCAAAGGAACGGAGCUACUUGGACACGACUACUGGCUGCCCCUUGUGUACUUGGGCCUCUAACAAGAUGAACCACGAUUGUUACUUUGUAGUACGAGUAAGGGAUUGACGGGUAGAGUGUAC